GCUGCAGUUGUCGGUCGGUUGUCUUCGAUCAAACACAAGAACCUUGUGCUCCGCUACAGUGCCGGGUUCUGCUGAACAAAAAGUCGGUUCGGUAGAAGGAGGAAAAAAAAUCAUCCUAAAAAACCGCGGUGCGUGUCGGCGACGGAAACCAUCGCCAGGCUUCACCCCGACUGGAGUUGGACCGGCGGCAAUGAGCAAACCUCAACAACUGGUACAGAAAAGUGCCGGCCGGCGAAGCAUUUCAAGCUGUAUGUGACUGUUUUGCGUUUAUAGUUGUACACUAUUGGCGGUUGUUCCGAAAAAAAAAAAAAAAAACGUGGCUGUGAAAAUUUGUUUACCUUACACUAAUGGAAAGUAAGUCAGUGUGAUCUUCGUGUUGAAAGUGCACUCCUCUCUGGGAAAAGCAAACACUAGUUCCCUCGUGGCACAGGUUUAAUGGAUCAAUAACCAGCUACGACAACAACAAGUUGCAACCCAGUUGGUUGUUAUUGUACGUGGUGAAGUGUAAGCGGUAAAAACGGCCCACGUUUGAUUAGUUUUGAGCGAGAGUGCAACACACACGCGGCGGCGGAAAUGGCUGACGGGCAGAAUCUGCUAGAUCGGAAGCAUGGUGCGAUUAGCAUCGUUGGCGGGAGAGGUGCCAACCAUGAAGCCGAAAAAUCGCCGUUCCUCCCAACGGAACCGGUGCGGCUCACACCGGCCUGGGAGGAGAACAACCUUCCGAAUGAUGAGCUCAACUUUAAAGGGAUGACCAUGGAGCGGGCCCGGAUGGAGCUCCAUCCGCCAAACGACAAGCUGAUGCUGGUCUUCCUGACCCUGAUGAUCCACGGCGUCGGCACGCUAAUGCCCUGGAACAUGUUCAUCACUGCCAAAUCGUACUUUGUAGACUAUAAGCUCAGUCAGAAUUACACCAGCGUAGAGUCCGAGUACGGGACGUACUUCCUGUCGUACGUUGGGUUCGCGUCGCAGAUUCCGAACCUGCUGUUCAACUGGUUGAACAUCUUCAUGAACCUUGGUGGCAACCUAACCAAGCGCAUCGUGUACAGCAUCCUGAUCGAGGUGAUCGUGUUUGUCGUGACCGUUGUCCUUGCCAUGAUCGAUUCGUCCGAUUGGCCCGGGGCGUUCUUCUGGAUUACGAUGAUCACCGUUGUGAUCCUGAACAUGGCCGGUGGCAUCUACCAGAACACCGUGUACGGCAUGGUGGCCAAGCUGCCGUUCAAGUACACCGGCGCCGUCGUGCUGGGGUCCAACAUCAGCGGCACGUUCGCGUCCAUCAUCUCGAUCCUUAGCUCCCAAUUCGCAUCGUCGGUGCGGACGGCCGCCAUCUACUACUUCAUCACGGCCAUGUUCGUGCUGCUGCUGUGCUUCGACACGUACUUUGCGCUGCCGCUGAAUAAAUUCUACCGCUACCACGAGAUGCUCAAGGAGAAGGAAGCGGAAACGCACAAAAAGGCCGGCAUCGACGUGGACGGGCGACCCCCCUUCUGGAGGAUCUUCAAGCAGGCCUUCCCGCAGCUGUUCAACGUGUUCUUCACCUUCUUCAUCACGCUGGCCGUGUUCCCGGCCGUUCACUCGGACAUCAAGCGCUCCUCGCCGGAUUUCGUCAUUGGGGACGAGCUAUACGUGAGCAUCACCUGCUUCCUCACGUUUAACCUGUUUGCGAUGCUGGGCAGUUUGACCACCUCGUGGGUGACCUGGCCCAAACCGAAGCACCUGGUGUGGCCAGUGGUCCUCCGAGCGGUGUUUCUCCCGCUGUUCCUGUUCUGCAAUUACCGACCACUCGGUAUCGAACGGUUGCUCCCGAUCUACAUCAACGAUGACUGGGUGUACUGGGGCAUCGCCGUCCUCAUGGCGUACAGUUCCGGCUAUCUGAGCUCGCUCGGAAUGAUGUACGCCCCGCAGUCCGUGGAGUCGCACCACGCCGUUACGGCCGGCAUGUUUGCCGCGGCCAUGCUCAUUACGGGCAUCUUCAGCGGCAUUCUCUUCUCGAUGGUCUUCCCCCUGAUUGUGCGUACCAACUUCCUCGAGUGGCUGCACUAGGGCUGGCACUGGGCUCGACGAGAAGUUCUGGCCGCUCUGGACAGCUAGAUCCGGGACGGAUCGACCGAGCAGCCCAGGGGCCAGCCGGUUAGUGCAGGUCCGCUCGUGUGCCGCGGGUGGACAGACGUGAAACUCCUCACACUAUUGGCGGAAACAACACAAAAGCGCAGAUUUUCCUAGUUUUACGAUUUGAAUUUUACACUUUUUGCUCAAAAUCCUAAGUUCCCCGGGCCAGUUAACUAAAAAUCACACCAAAUUUUUGCGUAUUAAUUUUAAAAACGAUUAAUUUAAGUUUGGUUUUGCCCUGUCUUCACUUGUAGGUUAUACAUCGUUUACGGUUAGACUGAUAGUUUUGUUUUGUUAAGUUCUCUUAUCAUGUUUUUCAAACUUUUAAAGCGUUUAAUUAUUUUAAACAUAUUUUUUUUCUUAAAAUUCAUUUUCUCAAGCCGGUACAAUGUUAGCAUGUCAGCUAACCUUUUCUCGUUGCCUUUUUUUAAAUGCCGGAAAUUAGUGUAAGAGUUAGUAGUACGUUAACGUUUAAGUUUAGUGUUUACAGUAGAAAGUAUAUUUUUAUAUGAAAA